CACUAGCUUGCUUGCUUGCUUCAAUUUGGACUGGUUGGGAUUUAAGCGGAAUCAGAGACUUGCUUACGAUCGAUAUUGAAGAAUUAGCUUCGCUAGUGCUUUCAUAGUGAUCUGAGAGAAGAAUUAACUUUCAUUUUUAACUUUUAAGUACUCUCAUACCAAAAAGCUAUGGGAGAGGCUGUUCUUGGGGCAUUCCUCCCGGUGCUGCUUGAGAAGUUGGCGGAUCGAGAGGUCAUUGAGUACUUCGGACGCCUUAAGGGGGUCGACAAAAAGGUGCUGGAGAAAUGGAGAAGAAUGUUGACUGCAAUUGACGCGGUGCUGAGUGAUGCGGAGGAGAAGCAACUAACACAAGGAGCAGUGAAGCUAUGGCUAGAUGAUCUCAGAGAUUUGGCUUACGAUGUUCAGGACAUGUUGGACAUAUUUGAUACUAAAAUGCUGAAGCGAAGGAUAGAAAGACAACAAGGAAGCACAAGUAAUUCAUGCAUCAGCUGCCUCUCUAAACCUAAAUUUAAUUUUAGUGUGAACUCAGAAAUCAAGAAGAUAAGUGAUCGACUAGAAGAGAUAACUACUCAAGAAAAGCAGUUUGAUCUGAAGAAACUUGGAGUGUCUACCAAGCCAUGGAACAUGCCACAAACUACUUCUCAACUAGAUGGACCUGUGAUCGGAAGGGAUGAAGCAAAAACACUUAUUGUUGAUAAAUUGCUGUCAAAAGAAGAGCAUAGUACCAGCAGUUUUCAGAAUUUUCAAGUAGUUGCCAUUGUUGGUACGCCUGGUGUCGGGAAGACAACACUUGCUAAACAUGUAUUCAACGACGCUGCAGCUGAACAGUUUUACCCAAAGGGAUGGGUGUCUGUGUCCGAUGACUUUGACAUUGUAAGGGUGACAGCAGCAAUUCUUGAAUCAGUCACGUCAGCUCAUGUUCAGGAAUUCAAGGAGCUUAAUUCAAUUCAGGAGAAGUUAUGUAAGGAAUUGGCUGGCAAGAAGUUUUUAAUUGUUCUAGAUGAUGUCUGGGACACAUGUAAGUAUGGUCAAUGGACAACACUACAGUCCUCCUUUCGUCUUGGAGCAGCUGGAAGUAAGAUCAUUGUUACGACACGCGAUACCAAUGUUGCAAAGAUGAUGGGAGACACUAGUCCUUAUAACUUGGAGUCGAUGUCAAAAGAUGAUUGUUGGAAAAUCUUUGAGCACCAUGCACUCUUAAACAACAGACCCCAAGAUGUUGAGUUACUUCAGGAAAAAAUUGUAGUAAAAUGCAAUGGAUUGCCGUUGGCUGCAAGGACACUUGGUGGUCUUUUACGUUGUAAAAGAGUAGAAGAAUGGGAAGAAAUAUUAGACCACAAGAUGUGGACUCUAUCAGACCGCCAGACAGACAUCCUUCCAGCAUUAAAAUUGAGCUAUCAUUAUCUCCCUUCGAAUUUGAAACAGUGUUUCUCCUACUGUGCAAUACUUCCAAAUGAUUUUGAAUUUGGGGAGAUGCAAUUGAUCCUUUUGUGGAUGGCAGAGGGUUUGAUUCCGAAGCAACAAAAUAAACAAAUGGAAGAUUUGGGCCGUGACUAUUUUCAAGAGUUGGUGUCUAGGUCAUUGUUUCAAAAGUCAAGCAAAGAAAACUCGCGAUACAUAAUGCAUGACCUCAUUACUGAUUUGGCACGUUGGGCUGCAGGAAAUUCAUGUUCUAGAUUGGAGGAUAUGCAGAAUUAUGACUACUUGCCCAAAGUUCGUCAUUCGUCUUACAUUCCUGGUAGGUAUGAUGGGGUUAAAAAGUUUGAGGUCUAUUCUGAAGCUAUAUGUCUGCGGACAUUCUUACCACUUUCACUUUCAAAUUAUAAUUAUCUGGCUCAAAGGGUUACUUCUGAUUUAUUGCCCAAACUCCAAUACUUGCGACUGCUCUCUUUGAGUGGAUAUCAAAUAACCGAGCUGCCAAAUACAAUUGGUAAAUUGAAGCAUCUACGGUAUCUUGAUCUUUCUGACACUCAAAUAAGAAGUUUGCCAGACUCAACAGCCACUCUUUACAACUUAGAGACAUUGAUAUUGGACAAUUGUGAUCAGUUGGGGGCACUACCCACAGGCAUGAGGAAUCUAGUAAAUUUGCGUCACCUCAUGAAUUCGAAUACAUCUUCAUUGGAAGAAAUGCCUCCUCAGCUUGGUCGAUUGACUAAUCUCCAAACAUUGCCUAAUUUUGUUGUUGGCAAAGGUAGUGGAUCAGGAGUAAGAGAGAUUGGGUCAUUGUUGCGCCUGCAAGGUACAUUGCACCUCUCAAGACUAGAGAAUGUGGCUUGUGUCCAGGAUGCUAGAAGUGCUAGCUUAAAGAGCAAGGAGGGGCUUGAAGCUCUGUUUCUUUCGUGGUCUUCUUCAAGUGACUCAACAGAAAUUGCAAACCAUGUGCUUGACAUGUUACAACCUCAUACCAAACUCAAAGAGCUCACCAUCCAAGGUUAUGCCGGAUUGAAAUUUUCAACAUGGAUUGGAGACCCUUCAUUCUCUAAUGUGGUGCAUGUAAGGUUAGAAGAUUGUCAUCGUUGUCAAUUCUUGCCACCAUUCGGACAGUUGCCUUCUCUCAAAGAACUUUAUAUAAAAAGAAUGGAUGCAGUGGAAAGUGUUGGUAUUGAGUUUUAUGGAGAAGGUAACUUGCCGUUUCAAUCUUUAGAGACCCUUGGGUUUCAGGAUCUGAAAAAUUGGAAGAAGUGGUCUGCUUGCCAACAAAAUGAGGGGGUUGGGGUUUUCUCUUGCCUGAAAAAGCUUUCCAUCAGCGACUGCCCCAAAUUGGAGGGUAGUUUACCGGAGAAGCUUGAUUCAUUAGAGCAGCUUCAGAUAUCUGGAUGUGAGGAAUUGGUGGUUUCAAUAUCCAAUUAUAAACAGCUUCAUGAAUCAGACAUCAACAAUUGCAAGAUGGUGGUUUACGACACAAGUCCAGUUCUCUUGGACUUACUAGAGAGGUUGACAUUUUCAAAUGUUUCAGAGCUGAGAUUCGAAAGAGAGGCGUUCAUGAAAAGCUUGAAAAAUGUUAAAGAGUUGAAGAUUACUGGUUGUGAGGAGCUGACAUGUUCCUUUCAGAAUGAGGAUAGAUUACUGCAACAUUUGAUUUCUCUUGGUCGUUUGUGUAUUGAAGACAACUCUGCCCUUGUUGAAAAGCUAGGGAAAGAAGCAGAGCAGUUGGUGCAAUUGCAAAUACUGGAUUGCAAGAUUGAACGUCUGGAAUUAAGCAAGUGUGGAAGCCUUCUGAAGGUACCAGAAGGAUUGCAUCACCUUACAUCUCUUCAAGUGCUUGGCAUAAAGGGAUGUUCAAGUCUAGUUUCUUUUCCGGAUGUUGGUCUGCCACCUUGUCUUAAAGUCAUAAGCAUUCGGAACUGCGAUUCUCUGUUGCACUUUGCAAAAUACCAGAUUCCUCCAAGCCUACAAAAAAUAGUGAUUCAGGAAUGUGAGAAAUUGAAAUCAUUGAUAGAGAAAGAGGAGGUGGUGGUGGAUGGUUCUUGUUCGUCUUAUUGUCUCGAGGAUUUAGAGAUAACUGAGUGUCCAUCUCUGUUGUUUUUAUUAUGCAAAGGCCAAUUACCCAGGGCUCUUAAACAGCUUUGGAUAGAUAAUUGUAGACAGCUGGAGUUAAUAAGUGAGAGGUUCCUCGAUGACACAUGUCAACUCGAACGAAUUAACAUCUACGACUGCCCAAACCUUAAAUCCUUACCUGAGGGACUCACCAAUCUUCAGUCAUUAUAUAUUAGGCGUUGUCAAAGUCUGGUUUCGUUGCCGAGAAUGAGUGUGUGGCCAAGAGACAUUGAGAUCAGAUAUUGUGCGAAAUUGGAGGUGGCACACUUGCUGAGAGACAUGAUGCACACUGAGAUAUUGUGGAUUGAUUACUGUGAAGGUUUGACUACUACUUCCUUUCCCCCCAACCUAACAUCACUUACAAUUGACAUUUGGGGGAUCAAUAAUUGUAAGGCGCUGAUGGAAUCUCAAGGGUUGCACAGACUCACCUCUUUGAGAAAAUUGGGGAUCUACGGUGGUGGAGAUGAUCGAGGUCUGGUGUCCUUUCCACCUGGUGAGAAUUCGAAUGAGAAGGAGAUGCUGCUCCCCAGAUCUCUUGUUACAUUGAGAAUUGUAGGCUUCCCAAAUCUAAAGAAACUGAGCAAGGGCUUUCAAUUCCUCACCUCUCUUGAGAGUCUUUACAUCAUCAACUGUCGGAAGCUUACAACCAUUCCAGAGGAGGGCCUGCCUCUUUCACUUACUCUACUUGAGAUUUGUGGCUGUCCUCCUCUACUUGAAGAGAGAUGCAAAGGACGAUACCGGCCCAAGAUAGCACACAUCCCUUGGGUACUAAUUAAUUACUCCUUGAUCUAGUGGUUUCCAGGUCUGCUUAUGCUCAAAACUGUAGAGCACAUCCUUUUCCUCCUCCACAGAAUAUGAUAUUUGGAUUCUCAAUUCCAGCCUUUCCAAUGGGUUACAGGCAUUUUGACACAGCCAGGAUAUAUGGUUCUGAGGCUGCCCUGGGAAAUGCUUUAACAGACGCAGUUCAAGAUGGGACUGUAGAAAGAGAAGACAUUUUUGUUACCUCUAAGUUAUGGGGUAGUCAUCAUCAUGACCCUGUUUCGGCUCUGAGACAAACUCUAAAGCAGAUGGUUAGUGGAAUGUAGGUUGAUAUUGUGGACUUCAAUGGUAGCUUUUUGGCUUGUGUGUGUGAUUUGGCUGGUGCAAAUCCGAUAAUGUUUGUAAUUACUAAGGUUAAUUUACUUCCCAAGGGGACUGAUUUAAUUGUAUUGGUGAUUGGGUUGUGGAGGCCACCGUUAAGAAGAAGCUUAAUGUUAUGAGCGUUCAUCUGAUAAGUUCAAAGUCUUUGGUUGGCGUAGCUGGAGUUGCAUCAGGGAUUCAAAAGGAAAACAAGGGGCGUGACGUGUAUGUUAUGGUGAGCUUUUUGUUGGGAAUUCUGGACAUGUACUUAAUGACUUAAUACUCAGUAUGUGGUUUUGUCAAGUGAAUUUAACACUUUUCAGAACCUAAAGAAUUAUUUACCUAAUACCCUGCUUUAGAGUGUUUGGUUUUUGUGAACUGCUAUGAAUUUCAUUGAUUCUCAAAAGAUGGCUUCAUUUUAGAUUUGACCUGUUGACUGUAAGGAAUUUUAAUAAGCUUUUGAAUCAGCACAUAUUUGUCCAUGAAAAGCUUCAGGCCUAUUCAAGUCAAGUUGCUAAUCUUCAGUUGAAAUCUCAGAAGAAAAAUAUAAUAAUAAUAAUCACUUCAGUCAUCGAGUUCUUAUUGUUCCUUGCCAUAUUCAAAACCAGUCUUCAAAGUCUCCCAUGCUGUAUUGUAUGUGUCUAAGAGAUAUGCUUGUGCCAAUGGCCAAGAUGUAAGGAGCUGCCUCAAGUCCUAGUGAGCUACUCCUGGUGUCUUGUUCAGCCAUUGGGGCAAAAAGGGGGAAUUCAGAUGUGAUUUUAAAAAGAGGGAAAACAAAUAGUUGUCAUUGUUUGAAUUGCUUAUCCUCUAGUUGGUGCUUACUUGGUUUGACUUGGUAAAAGUCUUUUAUUUCGCUCUAGUUUAUCAAGUUCUGAUCUUCAAUUUUUCAUUAGAAGAUUGAUUGUAUAAAAUGUAUAUAAUCUUCAACUCCCGAAACUUGAGAUUUGCUGGUGUCCUCUACUUGAAGAGAGAUGCAAAGGACGAUACCGGCCCAAGAUAGCACACAUCCCUCGCGCAUAUAUUGAUGGGAAGCUCAUAUAAUAGACAAUUGACGCUCCUUGAUCUAGUCGUUUCCAGUUCUGCUUAUGCUGAAAACUGUUGAGCACAUCCCUUUCUACCUGCUGAGAAGGAGAAUGAGAAUGAGGUAAGAGACGACUCAGACUCACCAGUUCUGCUUAUACUGGAAACUGUUGAGCACAUCCUUUUCCACCUGCUGAGAAUGAGAAUGAGAGACAACUCAGACUCACCAGUUCUGCUCAUGCUGGAAACUGUUGAGCACAUCCUUUUCCACCUGCAGAUAUAAGAGACGACUCAAAUGGUGUCAUUUGGAUACAAGCUUUCAUUACUCAAAAAUAAAAGUAUCUUAUUAUACUCUUCAUGCUUAUCAAUAUUUGCUUCAUAGUACCAAGACUAUAAUGUUUGGACCCUCAACUUUCUAGGAGGUUUCUCAUUCACUGAUUCUUAGUUUUGUAUCUAUGGAAACAAUAUCAGCUCUAUCGUGGCGUGUCAAAUAAACAUAGCUUUCAAAUGCAAUACAAUUUCAUAGUUCUGUGUCUUGCUGGACAA